CCCGUUGAAAUUUGCGGACUUCCAAUGGAUGCCCCUUCCUCGGUCCGGUCGAUUGCCGAAACCGCAUUGCAACGUGCUCAUGGCACAAUUGCGGGAUUACUUGCACACUGCAGUACCAACUCCGUUGAUGGACGCCGGAGUAGAGGUUGUCGACCUUCACGCCUACAUUGCGAAGAUCGACCGUGAGUUCAAGACACAACGAAGAACCAAGGAUUUGCGGUUGUGCAUCGAUUAUCGCAAGCUCAACGUGCAAACGAUCAGAAACGCGCGCCCUCUUCCACGCAUCGACGACCUUCUCGAACGGCUGGGCGGCGCCAAGUUCUUCUCCAAGCUCGACCUCAAGUCAAGAUAUCACCAACUCGAGAUCCGGCAGGAGGACCGCUACAAGACCGCGUUUAAGACGCGAUAUGGGCAUUUCGAAUGGCUGGUUAUGCCUUUUGGCCUUACGAAUGCCCCGGCCACUUUCCAAGCGGCUAUGACAACGGAGUUCCGACACAUGCUGGAUCGAUUCGUACUUAUCUACCUCGACGACAUCCUAGUGUACAGCCGGAGUUUGGAGGAGCAUGUGAAACACCUGCGCACCGUUUUGGAGCGCCUACGACAAGCCAAGUACAAAGCCAACCGCGACAAAUGCGAAUUCGCGCGGCUGGAGCUGGAGUACAUGGGACAUUAUGUGACGCCGCAAGGCAUCCGUCCGCUUGCGGACAAGAGCGAGGCCCUCCGCGUAUGGCCCGAGCCUACCAACACCACGGACGUUCGUUCAUUCCUGGGGUUGGCGGGCUACUAUCGGCGAUUCAUCACCAGAUACUCAAGGAUUGCUGCACCUAUGACGAGAUUACAAUCGCCAAAGGUGCCAUUCGUAUUCGAUGACGACGCACGCCGGCCAUUCCAAGCACUUAAGACGGCCAUGCUCAUGGCACCCGUCCUUAGCAUCUAUGACCCCACCCUGCCUACGAGAGUGACAACUGACGCUUCCGGAUACGGCAUUUGGGCAGUCUUGGAACAACACGACGGGGACGUCUGGCACCCUGUGCAGUAUUUUAGCCAUAAAGUACCUCCCAUCGAUUCGCUUGAUGAUGCAAGGAAGGAGCUGCUCGCGUUCGUGAUGGCUCUCAAGCGAUGGCGGCACUUCCUCCUAAAGGCGUAGGUUCACAUGGGUCAUGGACAACAACCUAUUGACCUACUACAAGACGCAGGAUACAAUGAGCAGCACGACCGGACGAUGGAUGUAAUUCAUCG